AUGGCGCGGCAGGCGGGGCGCCGGAGUAGGCCGCCUCCAUCUCCGAUCCCUCACUGGCACCGGCACCACCUCGCCCCAACAGCGCCCACGCUGCCCCUUCAUGUUCGCGUUGUCCCGUGGCCCCGCCGUGCCGGCCAGCCCCGGCCCAUGCUACCCGAGCUCGACUGCGAAACCUCCCGACGCGACCCGCACCGACGGUCAGAUCCAGCUCACCAUGGCCACCGCCUCCCUGAGCCCAAGCUCGCCACCAUGGCCGCCACCUCCCAUAUCCCGAGCUCGCCCGCCCAAAUCCAGAGAGCCGGGGCUAGGGACGAGGCUCCAUGUUUCACCUGGAGGUUCCGCGUCUCCAGCAGCACCUGCACGCAGCCAGGGCGACGGUGCGCGGGCGGGGCGCCGGAGCAGGCGGCCGGCGCCGACGGCAACUACCUGACGCCGUUCGAGACAGACAUGGUCAUUGUCACACCGGGCGAGACGAUCGACGUGCUGAUGACCGCCGACGCGCCACCGGCGCACUAUCACAUGGUCGCACUCGCCAACCAGCCGCCGGAGCCGGACCCGCAGAUCCCCGUGUUCGUCUCGCGGGGCCUCGUCCGCUACGCCGGCGGCGACGACAACAACGGUCGCCUGCCCGUGCCGGUGGCGGUCGUGCCCGUCAUGCCCGACCAGCACAACACCAUGCCGUCCUACUACUUCCAUGGCAACCUUACCGGCCUCGCAUACCCGGAGCUCCUCGUAGAUGCUUGGGCUGGAGUUGCAAUGAAUUUUGGGUUUCUAUUUUUUGUAAACCAACAUGCAAAUAGAAAAAGUAUAGACUCAAUUUGCAUGCGGGCCUGA